AUGAUUGAAUCGACAGAGGACCUGGUGCUUGUGUCCAAUGGGAAGUACCAGUUUCCUGCAGAAAUCAUAUUCAAGAUCUUGGAAUUCCAAUUCCAUCAACUACUACAGAACACAACAUCGCCGAUAUCGAGAAACACACAGUACUUCUUACGAAGUAAUUUGCCCGUUUGUAAAGUCUUUUACAGAUGUGUUGUCAAGAUUGUUUAUCGGUAUUGUGUAUUCAAGACGCCACAUACCUUUGACAACUUCUUACAUUCCAUCAUGAAUAGAGAGAGAUUGGGGGAAUACGUCAAGGUGUUAGACUUCCAAGAGUUCACGUCCAUUGGGCUAGGUAGAACUGGUAAAAUGAAUAAAGAGAUCCAAAUGGUCACGAGUACUACCAUCCUGGAAUGUCUAAAACGUACACCAAAUUUGGUGGAAUUCCUUGCCAGUGAAAAUAUCAAGGACGAUUUGGAUACAACUCUAUUGGAAUAUUUGUUCAAUGAGACAAAACACCUCAGAGCGGUUGACUUUUGCGGUUGUUCUGGAGAGAUAUUUGGCUCCAACUUUGCUAAUGUCAUCAUAAAGAAGCCGGGUAUGGAAAACAUUACAGACCUUUCGUUCCACGAUUGCACAGAUCUACCAUCAUGGGUGUUGGAGAAAGUGUUGAUCAAUUUGCCAAAUUUGAAGAAAUUGGACCUCACGCAUACACAAAUCACCUCGAAGAACUUACAAAAGAUUCCUCAUUCUGCUCAACUCACACACUUGAACCUUUCUUAUUGCAUUCAACUCACUACAAGAGAACUAAUUUCAUUCUUCAUAAACCAUCCAGCCGUUACGGGACAUCAUUUGGUGUGGCUCUCGUUACAGUGUGAUAACUCUACAAAUACGACUCUGUCCAAUAAUCAACUAACGUUCUUGUUGAAGAUGCUUGAUUGUGACUUCCAUUAUUUGAAUCUUGGUGGGUUGGACGUUUCAAACGAAAACUUGACCUUGAUCAAGAAGAAGUUUGUCAACUUGAAAUCAUUGGGGUUGGCGAACUGCGAUUUCAACCAACAACAGAUCAUUGAACUCCUAUCACCUCCGUUGAAUGACGAUGGUGAAUAUUACCAGAAAUUGUGCUUUCUCGACCUCACGAACAACAGAAGCAUUACUCGUUGGACCAUGGAUAACCCAGCGUUCCUCAAUUGUUCGUCGUCCUUGGUUGCCUUUGAGUUCAACAUGAAGCUAAUCACAGAUAUCGAAUCCAUUGGCGGUCAGCUGAUUUAUAGAAAAGGCUCAGCUAAGCCAGUCAUUUGGAAGACGUUUGACUCUGGUGGACGCCGUGGAUGGUUAUUUAAAGUUGGUCCGCUAAACGAGGACAACACUUCAAGAAUAGGGAUUAUAGAGUACGACAUCGAAACAGGUGAGAAGAUAUUCCCAAUCUUGAAGCUUCCAGACUUCCUCAAGUACGUUAACAAGAAGAUCUCCAUGAGCAGAGGUGUAUUGGGAACUGCAGAUGAAACCUUUGGAGAUAUUGAAAGAGGCAUCUACAAAUACUACGGCAUGAAGAUGUGA